CAGACGUUUGUUUGCCAAACACCAUUAAACCUCAGAUGAAGAAGUUUAGUUUCACCGCGCUCUCUGUUGUUUUGUUGUGAUGUUGGCUUAAUACAAACUGUUAGAAAUGUUGUUUCUGUAAGAAAAAAUACUGUUUUUUAAUCAGGUCAGUAAAUACAUGUAAUAUUCUCAUCCUCACAUUCGUGACAAAGUUUUGAAGCAAGCAGGAAUAUCUGGAGGAGUAUCAUCUGAACUGAGAUCUGCUGCUGUGAAGAUGGUGUUUGUUAAAGAAGAGAGUGAAGAGAACACGAGUGAACCAGAAACAUGGAGAAUAAAACAAGAGGAACCAGAAACCUGGAGAAUAAAACAUGAGGAACCAGAAACCUGGAGAAUAAAACAUGAGGAACAAGGAGAGUUGAUUGACGAUAAUGAGGAGAAAAAAGAAUUGAGUGAAUUUGAGGAGAAAAAUCAUGUCAAAAGUGGAGAAAAAGCCAAACAGGAAGAUUUAAAGAAAAGAAGAGCCAAGAAACCUUUCACCUGCACUCAGUGUGGGAAGAGUUUGACAAACAAAUGUGGUCUUGAGCGUCACAUGAGAAUUCAUACUGGAGAGAAACCAUACACAUGUGAUCAGUGCGGGAAGAGAUUCACAUGCAAAACAAGUCUUGAGCUUCACAUGAGAGUUCAUACUGGAGAGAAACCGUUUACUUGUGAUCAGUGCGGGAAGACUUUCUCACAAUCAUCAAACCUUAAGAAACACCUAGAACUUCAUACAAAGGAGAAGCCACAUUCAUGUUGUUUAUGUGGAAAGAGUUUUUCACGUCGACAAUAUUUAAAAGAACAUCAGAAAAUACAUACUGGUGUGAGAGAGUACAUGUGCUGUGAGUGUGAAAAGACUUUUCCUCUAGCGAGCUGUUUAAAACAGCAUGAGAGGAUUCACACCGGAGAGAAACCUUAUAAGUGUUCAUACUGUGACAAGAGAUUUAGUCAGUAUUCAAACAUGAAAUCACAUGAGAGGAUUCACACUGGAGAGAAACCUUAUAAGUGUUCACACUGUGACAAGAGAUUCAGUCAUUCAGGAGACCUGAAAAGACACGAGAGGAUCCACACUGGAGAGAAACCGUAUCACUGCACUGAAUGUGGGAAGUGUUUCAAACAUUCAUCUGCUCUACACAGUCAUACAAAAAACAUUCACAAUAAGUCUGCCAAGCAGAUCACAGAGUCCAUUGUGUUUCGCCCUUUCCGGAAACCACUUUGGUAUGAGGAGAACAGGUUUUUCUUCUCAAUGACAUGCACCAAUCUGCUCAUUAUCAUACGCUCCAUCAAAAUUCACAACAAUCACACAUUCAGCAAUAAAAUGCUGGAAUAUUCCCAUCAGUUUACAAGUAAAGACGAGAAUCAAAUCAUCAGGGAGAGCUGCAAAUCUGCAAAGACUGAGUUUAUUAAAGAGGACAGAGAGAAGAUGAGAGAUCCAGAACCCUGCAGAAUCAAACACACUGAAGAUACUGAACAACAAACAGAGUUGACUGAAGAAAACGAAGAGAAUGAAGAAUCGAGUGAAAUUGAUAAGAAUAAUCAUGUCAAAACUGGAGAACAACAUUUGAGUUGCUCUCAAACCAAACAGAAAGAUUUAAUGAAAAGAAGAGCCAAUAAAUCUUUCACCUGCACUCAGUGUGGAAAGAGUUUCACAUUCAAAUAUAAACUUAAAGUUCACAUGAGAGUUCAUACUGGAGAGAAACCGUUCACUUGUGAUCAGUGCGGGAAGAGUCUCACACAAUCAGCAAACCUUAAGGAUCACAUGAACAUCCACACUGGAGAGAAACCAUAUAAGUGUUCACACUGCGACAAGAGAUUCAGUCGGUCAAACGACUUGAAAAAACACAAGGUAGUCCACACAGGAGAGAAACCGCACACAUGUGAUCAAUGCGGGAAGAGUUUUGCACUAAAACAACACUUUACGGCACAUGUGAGAGUUCAUACUGGAGAGAAACCGUACAAGUGUUUAUACUGUGACAAGAGAUUCAGCCAGUCAGGAAACCUGAAAACACACAAGAGGAUCCACACUGGAGAGAAACCGUAUCACUGCACUGAAUGUGGGAAGCGUUUCAAUCAUUCAGCUUCUCUACACAGUCAUACAAAAAACAUUCACAGCAAGUAGAUCAUCUUCAGAUCCAGCACUUCACGUCUGAUGCUGUGUCUUCACCAAAUGUGACACAAUGUAUUAAGCAAUACAAUAUCAUCUGGAUAAAUCUGUCAUUACAAGUGACAAGACAAAGAAACAUUAUCUGAAGUUUUCACAGUUAAUGAAGUUCAUCUUCAUCUUCAAAACUAUCAGAUUCAGAUCAACUCAAAGAUGGAGUUCUUCCCCAAAGAACAAUGUCACACAGUUUUAUUCUUGUAUAUCAUGUUGCUUCUUUAUAUAAAUUAUAUCAUUAUGCUUAUGAGUUUUAUAUAAUGUUCAGUUGUCAUUACUGAUCAUCAAACAGUAAAAUGAAAUGAAAAACUUCACUCUCUGCUCUUGUAUGAAUGACUUAAUUUGCAUUAAAGGUUAUUUACAUUUG